AUGGCCGUGAUUCUGCUGAGGAAGUUUAAGUGGGGGACAAUGUUUCUGGAUCUGAACAAGACUCUGCUGGAGUGCUAUGCAAUUUGUCAGUCAGAGGAGGAGCUGCUGGCUGUGGAGAAAGCGUACCUCAAUACCCCUCCUGAAGAAGAGGAGUUUAGUAAGUUACUGUAAGAGAAGUUUUGGGCCAAAUCACAGGAAAUCUCUUGCUCUCAUCUGAAGGCACCUGUUGACUCGUCUUAGGUUGAGAGGUGAUCGGUUAACCAUACAAGGGUUUAAGAAAACCGUGAUAUGCCUUUAGAGCGAAGAGCACUAUAGCUUUAAUAUAUUUUACUUUGAGUGGAAAUAAUUAAUGUUUGUGUAUUUCUAAAGUUCUAAUUCAAUGUCUUUGCAGAGCCAUUCGAUGUUGACUGCAUAAAUCUCAACAGACCCCGUCGGUAAUAAGACAUGUUGCUUUGUAUUACAUUGAAAAUCAUUAAUAUGUUUAAUUGUCUCACAUUUGUUGUGACAACUAUGUUGGGAAAUUGUAUUACAUACAGUGGCGGCUCCUCAGAGGAGGAAGGGGAGGACCAUCCUACUCAGUGAAUUUCAUAAAAAUAAAAAUAGUGAAACAUUUAACGUUUUUAUUUUUAGAUAAAACUAUACGAAACACUUCACAUGUCACCAAAUAACUGAUUAAAACACACUGUUUUGCAAUGAAGGUCUACAGUAGCCUCAGCAGCACUCUGUAGGGUAGCACCAUGGUGUACUCGGAGGACAGCUAUUUUUCGUCCUCCUCUGGGUACAUUGAGUUCAAUACAAAACCUAGGAGGCUCAUGGUUCUCACCCCCUUCCAUAGACUUACACAGUAAUUAUGACGACUUCCGGAGGACGUCCUCCAACCUGCCAGAGCUUUCGCAGCAUUAACUGACAUGUUGUCCAAUCAAAGAAUCAGAGAAUGAAUCUAGUACUGAAAGCAUAAGCUAGCUAGCACUGCAGUGCAUAACGUGUGCUGAGUAGUUGACUCCGAGAGAAAGACAAUAGUUGAACAGUUUUGAACAAAAUAAUUUAUUCAAGAAAUGUAGGAGAAGCAGCAGAGAGAGAGAGAGCUAUAUUUACUUGUAUUUUUUCUUCUUAGUUUACCUUUCACUUACAUAGCCAGCUAAUGCAGCUAAUUUAUCCUCCUCAACAACCUGACUCAAAGAGAGGAAUGCUAGCUAUUUAUGUUAGCUAGCUGGCUACGGCUAUCCAACACCGCAACUCUUCCAAGUCAAGGUAAGCUUUUGGUUUGAUUAAUUUAUUGCCACUGGGGCCCGCUGGUGUAACUGCUAAGCUGCUUGCUGUACAUUGUACACAAGGAUUGGAUUGUGGGUUGACUAACACAUUAGUUCUAGUAGCUAUGUUGACUAUGACGUUAGCUAAUAUGAUGACAAUGAUAUAGGCUGUGUAGUGGUUAUGGUAUGAAGGUUUGGCUUGGAGAGGUUUUUUCUCCUGGUCACAGACAGCUGUUGUGUUUUGCGCUGAAGUCCACAAGCGAAGGGAAACGGUGAGAGGAGGAGAGCAUGUAGAUGCAGGAAGGAAUUAUACAAUGAGCAACGUGAUGAUGCUGUAUGUGGCUGCUAUGAAGGUGAACUGUGUGUGAGGGUGAUCAACGGUGUAGUCAUUCUGCCGAUUCUGCUGCAAAACAUUUCUUAAACGGAACAAAACAGGGAUGGACCUACCUGAUUUUGUCCAACAGAAACUCUUGUUUUAGUUGCAAAACUGAACUUUUUGCUGGGUGAAUGGAAUAUGCAUGACAAUCAUUCAAUAUGCUGUAAUACAUAUAUAUAAGGCCAUGCUCAUUUAAAAAAAGGUCCUCCCUAAUCUUAAACGGCACCCACCGCCACUGAUUACAUAUCAUCUUUGUUUAGUGUACUUGGGACUUUGAGGAGAAUGGCAAGACUGAUUCACUACGUGAAAGUCAAGAUAUUGAGGUAAUUUGUUUACUUCACAUUGUCUGUACACACUCUUAAUUCAGUAAAAGUGAAUUCAUGAUUAUUACAUUGAAUUAAAUGUAAUGCAAUAAGGCAUCUUAAUCCAUAGUUAUGUAAGUGAAAAGACUGAAGAUAUGAACAACAAAAGCAGCAGAGAUGGGUAUCAUGCAGCAUUCACGUGCUAGUCGGAACUAGGAAACUGACAUUUCAGACUUGCUACCUGGUUGUAGUUAUACACGUGCCGCGUUCAACCAUUUAGCAAGUCGGAAAUGUCCGAGUUUCCUAGUUCCGACUAGCUUGUGAAUGUGGCAUUAAUGACAGGCAUCAACAGCAAAAAAUAAUAGAUUUAGUAUGAAAAUGAAUGUGUGUGGAUGAUAGAAAAUAUAUUUGAACAUGGGAUGUACUUGGACCCAUGUUAGCUGCUCCUGUAGACUUCCAGUCAUAACGCUAGUUAGCAAUGGAUCCAGAAACUCCAUUCAACUCCCUUCAAACUGCACACAGAAAUGGUAUCCAUGUGGUCCUCUGUAGCUCAGCUGGUAGAGCACGGCGCUUGUAACGCCAAGAUAGUGGGUUCGAUCCCCGGGACCACCCAUACUCAAAAAUGUAUGCACGCAUGACUGUAAGUCGCUUUGGAUAAAAGCGUCUGCUAAAUGGCAUAUUAUAUAUUAAUAUUAAAGUUCAUCUGACUCUGGGUAAGUAACAAAAAAGGCUUCAUUGCCAAAAUGUCAUCCCUUUAAGGUAAAUGUUUGAAAGAGAAGAUCAUGACAUGGAGUAUCUACAGUGUGAAGAGUAUACAGUAUCGGCCUAUUAUUCUUGAAACAUAAAAAAAAAAUUAUGCUGAGUGUACAAAGCAUUAAGGACACCUGCUCUUUCCAUGACAUAGACUGACCACGUGAAUCCAGGUGAAAGCUAUAAUCCCUUAUUGAUGUCACUUGUUAAAUCCACCUCAAUCUGUGUAGGUGAAGGGGAGGAGACAGCCUUGAGACAAUUGAGUCAUGGAGGGUGAAUGGGCAAGAUAAAAUAUUGAAAUGCAACACUGCUGGGUUUUUCACGCUCAACAAUUUCCCAUGUGCAUCAAGAAUGGUCCACCACCCAAAGGACAUCCAGCCAACUUGACACAACUGUGGGAAGCAUUGGAGUCAACAUGGGCUAGAAUCCCUGUGGAACGCUUUCGACACCUUGUAGAGUCCAUGAGCCGAUGAAUUGAGGCUGAGGCUGCAAAAGCUGGGGUGCAACUCAAUUAGGAAGGUGUUCCAUAUGUUUGGUAUACUCAGUGUAUGUCUGUGUUGCCUGCCAACAUGGAACAACAAUUAAGACACAAUCAAAAUAAUAGUUAUGCAAAGGCGUUUGAAAUAGGGGUUGGAUGACAUUUAUGACCUUUCCUAAAACGACCGUCACGGUCUUCAUUUUUAUAAAGUUCCUUUGAAACGCGAAGGGGGCAGAUACAGGAAGUAGAUCCUCUCCUGUCUUUGCGAGGUUAGUUAUAAACAUAUUUGGUAACAUCACAGAGUUUUCAAACCCAGGCGCAAAAUCGAUAUAUUUCCAGGAACGCGUCGUGAAGCAGACUCGACAAACCAGCCCGGGGGACCCAUUGCCUUGCAAUGGGAGAAGUGAAACUUCGUCCUUCGUUGUUAAUGUUAUCGAAUUCUAAAGGCAAAACCUAGAUUCGAGAAAAUAUCUUAAGCAGCUGAACCUGUCAUCACUACAACGUCGUGAGAGUCACAAACUGUCACGUUUGAAUUUUUGACAAUAAAUACACUUUAUAUCGACGGCCUGCAGAGGCGCAGUUCGGCGCGACACGACCUUUAGACCCGAUGACGUUUUUCUGCGCAUGAGCUAUGCUAGCCAACGUCGCAAUGACAUCGUCUACAAGUGUGAUCGGGGAUUUCUAUUAGAGAAGCAGUUUCUGCAUAUCUUCAUACUGUACUGUCUUUGGUAACAUUGUUGUGGAACGACGUCACAGCUGGAAAAUGAAGGCGCAGAGGCAGCCAUUGCUGGAGGUUCUGUAAUCAUUUUAUUCCAAAUAAAUACUCGAGGUAAACUUCCAUGGCAAGAGCCACAAGUCAGAUUGUGAGUAUUGCAACGUUCAUCCAAAUGUCGAUUCGAAGCCGUUGCCCAAUAUGUAUUGUAUGGCGGCAGUUUGACAACAUUUUCGAUGUGUUAGUGUUAGGCCCUCAUUUCAAACAGCGGUAAGAGGUCCUCUCUGACUGACUAACGCAUUAGCUACGCGCAGUCAGUCGAUGAAGCUAUCUAGCAACCAACUAGCAUGCUAGCUCGCUAACGUGAGUUGAAAUUCCUGGUAAUUAAUUAACUAGCUAAUGUAACGUUAACUAACUAGCCAGCAAGCCAACUUGGCGGUUACGCCUUUUGUAGUUAAAAGUUUCUAGCUAGCUAAGGACGUUACGUUAACUGGCUAACUGUAAUCGUCAGUGAAAGGGAUUGCGAACAAAUUAAUGUAUUCAUUAACGUUAUGUACAUUACAAACUAGCUCACUAGCUAUGUAUUUGGCUAGUAAAUUAAUAUCUAGGUAGCUACUGUUAGUACUGUACAUAGCUCUGGUACUAAAUUAUUACUAUGAGGAUUUAUGGGUAAAUUAGCUAACGUUAGCUGUGUCAACUUGCAAUCAUCAACUUGCAGUCAUCAUUAGCUACUGUAGCAAGUUAACUUGUUGUUGAAUACCUGAAGCGUCAGCUCUAGAAUUAGCUGAGGAUGCUAACAAGAUAACGUUAGUUGGUAGCAGACUGCUGAGACUUUCCCGUGAAGUUGCAUCCCUAGCUAGCUACAUGUCCUAAUCAACAUGAUGUAACGUAAGCAAACUAACGUUAGCUAGUUUACCGAUAACAAUUACUCAUGGAUUAGGACCAAUCUGGCCACACCUUGUGCCACAAUUGUGGAUCGCCGUUGACUACCGUUGGCUAGCUCGAGAUUUCACCUGACCGUGUUUGACAAACAAUCCAGUUUCCUAAACUGGCUAGCUACAAAACAAACGUUCGCUAGGUAGCUACCUAGCUUCUCAUUUCCCAGGCCUAGGAUGGUAGCCUGCUAACGUUAGCUAACUAACUCAGUUUAAUAUUUUGGCAGUGGAUUCAGAAUCUAAAGCUUUUCCUUUGGCCGGUGGUAGGUGUUUAAAUCGUGCUUGUAUGUUUAAUGUCCUUUUAAGCGGGACUGGCUUGCUAAUAAUUCAUGACGCUUGCUGCUCACUAAACGAAACCACCUUUUUUUGCGUUGGCGUCCUUGCUCACAUUCACAAGCUGUUAGCCAAUGCAUAUUUCCUUGUUAACAUUCGUUAACGACAUGAUGCCAUCUAGUUACUUGCUAACGAAAAUGCACCACAUAAUGUAUUUUUGUUUACCAGUCAAUCAACUGUGUUAAUAUUGUCUGUAAUUUAACUUAAGUAUUGGGUGUCUGAUUGGAGGACGUAAAUGGGAUUUUUCAUCCAGGGAAAGGGUUGGGUCAGGAGUUUUUCCAUCUACUUCACGUUGUCUUGUCCACAAGAUUAAUCUCCACCCCAAGUUAUUAAAUUGCUCCAUAGUGAACACAAGGUAUGAGGUCACUUACUGAUCAUGAUGACUUAAAUAGCUAGAUGAUUCAAGGCUGAAUGCCCACAUUGUUAAAUGAAUACGUUGACGUUUUGCCUCAUCCUCAACUAAGCAUAUAUUGUCUGGAGUGGAACAUGCCCUAGGUUGUACAUAGAACAACAUCAUAUUUAGUUAGGUUAAAGAUAUGCCCAAGCCCCACAAAGCUAUUCUUUCCCCUCAACUUCCCAUCUCAAUUCUCAAAACAUGGGCUGCUCUCUACCUGUGCUGUUACUUGGGCUGGGAGCCCUGCCAGCUAUCUUCAAGAGAGAGGCAGUGAUUUGUUUGUUUUCAAACACCUACCAGACAUACACAUUUGAGAAACAAUAUGAAGGAUGACUCAAAGGUGCUAAGGGAAUUGUAUCCCCUGGCAUUUCUGAUUUAAAAUAGUUUAGACUCUAUAUGAGAGAGAAGGGGGGGGGAUACCUAGUCAGUGGCACAACUGAAUGCAUUCAACCGAAAUGACUUCCGCAUUUCCUACACGUGUAGCUUGAGUUAGCCUUCCUCCUCAUGGGGCCCUCAGUCCCUCCAGAGAGCAGCACUUGAGCUUUUUGUUCACACCUAAAUUCUUAAAGGACUGUCUGUGACUGAACAUGGCAUAGCCUAGGUGUUUACUCAAUGUUUUGUCACAAAGUACCCAGAGUUUAGGGACAGAGUAAUGCCAGAAUGACAACCUACUGUUAACUGAAGACAAGACAUUAGAAAUAACUGAGGAUGAUUGAGCAAAAAACUUUGGCCCAAGUCUAGACAAAUAAUUAUGCCCAGUACGUUCCUCCACCUGUUCACCCCUCUCUCAUUUUGUAGUAGUAACAUCACCUAAUGCCCCCCCCCCCCCCUCUCUCACAUACAGUAUGAUGUUGUGCCCAUUCAAUCCAGCGUGGUCAUCUGUUCCUGCCCACAUCCAUCAAUGGUAAGAAAUCAGCCCGACUCCUGCUCGCCACUUGCCAUCCCAGGCGCAAGUAGCAGCCACUAUCCCAGCAUGGAGGGCCCCACCUCCGAGUCCCGGGCCACGGGCAAACCUGCCAGCCUGGGUGCCGAGCUCCGGGCACAGCAGGCCCCUCAGCCCCGCAAGAAGAGGCCAGAGGACUUCAAAUUCGGCAAGAUACUGGGAGAGGGCUCCUUCUCAACCGUAAGUAGCCAGCAUUCCAUUUCACUUACGAAUUAGCCCUAGAUAAGUGUUGUGGCAUGUAAGCAUUCUUGUGGUCAUAUAUUCCAGUGACUCAUCUUCAAUUCAUGCUAGUUGAUCAGGAAUGACUGAGUAGUUUCAAUGGAUUUUAAGUUAACCUGGCACCUAAUUUACUAUGGGGAUGAAGUGGUCUACUGCGUGAGUUUUAGAAAUAUAUUUUCUUCAAACUAUGUACAGUGCAUUCGGAAAGUAUUCAGAUCCCUUGACUUUUUCCACAUUUUGUUACAUUACAGCCUUAUUCUGAAAUUGAUUAAACUAUUUUUUUCCCUCAUCAAUCUACACACACGAUAAUGACAAGCGAAAACAGGUUUUUUGACUUUUUUGCAAAUGUAUUAAAAAUACUAAACAGAAAUACCUUAUUUACAUAAGUAUUCAGACCCUUUGCUAUGAGACUCGAAAUUGAGCUCAGGUGCAUCCUGUUUCCAUUGAGAUGUUUCUACAACUUGAUUGGAAUCCACCUGCGGUAAAUUCAAUUGAUUGGACAUGUAUUGGAAAGGCACACACCUGUCUAUGUAAGGUCCCAUAGUUGACAGUGCAUGUCAGAGCAAAAACCAAGCCAUGAGAUUGAAGGAAUUGUCCAUAGAGCUCAGAGACAGAAUUGUGUCGUGGCACAGAUCUGGGGAAGGGUACCAAAACAUUUCUGCAGCAUUGAAGGUCUCCAAGAACACAGUGGUCUUCAUCAUUCUUAAAUGGAAGAAGUUUGGAACCACCAAGACUCUUCUUAGAGCUGGCCACCCGGCCAAACUGAGCAAUCGGGGGAGAAGGGCCUUGGUCAGGAAGGUGACCAAGAACCCGAUGGUCACUCUGACAGAGUUCCUCUGUGGAGAUGAGAGAACCUUCCAGAAGGACAACCAUCUCUGCAGCAAUCCACCAAUCAGGCCUUUAUGGUAGAGUGGCCAGACGGAAGCCACUCCUCAGUAAAAGGCACAUGACAGCCCACUUGGAGUUUGCCAAAAGGGACCUAAAGGACUCUCAGACCAUGAGAAACAAGAUUCUCUGGCCUGAUGAAACCAAAAUUGAGCUCUUUGGCCUGAAUGCCAAGUGUCACGUCUGGAGGAAACCUGGCACCAUCCCUACGGUGAAGCAUGGUGGUGGCAGCAUCAUGCUGUGGGGAUGUUUUUCAGCGGCAAGGACUGGGAGACUAGACAGGAUCGAGGGAAAGAUGAACGGAGCAAAGUACAGAGAGAUCCUUGAUGAAAACCUGCUCCAGAGCUCUCGGGACCUCAGACUGGGGCGAAGGUUCACCUUCCAACAGAACAACGACCCUAAGCACACAGCCAAGACAACGCAGGAGUGGCUUGGGGACAAGUCUCUGAAUGUCCUUGAGUGGCCCAGCCAGAGCCCGGACUUGAAACUGAUCGAACAUCUCUGGAGAGACCUGAAAAUAGCUGUGCAGCGACGCUCCCCAUCCAACCUGACAGAGCUUGAGAAGAUCUGCAGAGAAGAAUGGGAGAAACUCCCCAAAUACAGCUGUGCCAAGCUUGUAGCGUCAUACCUAAGAAGACUUGAGGCUGUAAUCGCUGCCAAAGGUGCUUUAACAAAGUACUGAGUAAAAGGUCUGAAUACUUAUGUAAAUGUGACAUUUAAAAUUUUUUUUUUUUUAAUUUAAUGUGCAAAGAUUUCUAAACCUGUUUUUGCUCUGUCAUUAUGGGGUGUUGUGUGUAGAUUGGUGGUGGGGGAGGGGGGGGGGGAGUAAUUAAUCAAUUUUAGAAUAAGGCUGUAACAAAAUGUAGAAAAAGUCAAGGGUCUGAAUACUUACCGAAUGCACUGUCUUUUUUUCUAUAGGUUGUCCUUGCAAGAGAACACGCAACGGCAAAAGAAUAUGCAAGUAAGUUCUAAUUUAGGCAUUAGGUUAGAACUUGGCUUCCAUGGAUCAUACUUGUUGCUCUUCAAUGUUUAAAAAAAAUGUUGUUUACGGAUUGUCAUAAGUGCAAAGUUGCUGUUUAUCACAUUUGAUCUUUUACCCUUAACUCUACUUGUAAUUUUUCUCUCUUCCAGUAAAAAUUUUGGAGAAGCGGCAUAUUAUGAAGGAGAACAAGGCUCAGUAUGUGAAAAGAGAAAGGGAUGUAAUGUCGAACCUAGAUCAUCCAUUCUUCGUCAAACUGUACUUUACAUUUCAAGAUGAUGAGAAGUUGUGUAUCCUUUAAAAACAGACCAUGAUGACUUGGAGCCUGACUGUAUCACCAACUUGUUUAGCAACUUAUCUUGUCUUAGUUGUAUGGUAAACAUGUUUUCUUGUGUUUGUUUGUUCCUUUGAUAUGUCGUUUUUCUUAACUUGCUAUUAGAUUUUGGCCUUAGCUAUGCUAAGAAUGGAGAGCUUUUGAAAUAUAUUCGCAAAAUCGGUUCUUUUGAUGAGACCUGCACUAGAUUCUACUCGGCUGAAAUUGUUUGUGCACUAGAAUAUUUGCAUGAGAAGGGGAUAAUUCACAGGUAAGAAAUGUCAGAACUGGUAUGUCUGUAAUGGUAUGUUACAGGUUAUCGUAGUUGAAUUUAUAUCCUGAUCAUCAAUUUUAAUAAGAAAUGUACAACAUUUGUAUAAAUAAGUUGACUUACAAACUUGCUUCCACUAUGUUUACGCAAAUUAGUCCUUCUUGCUAUGCUAAAUUCUGUUUUUGAAAAUGUAGGUUGACUAGGUUCCCUCACAUGUUUCUUUUGUCUUUCAGAGACCUUAAACCUGAGAAUAUUUUACUGAGCGAAGACAUGCACAUCCAAAUAACAGACUUUGGAACAGCAAAGCAGUUAUCUUCAGAUAGCAAACAAGGUACAUGUAUAGACUUUUAUCAACAUAAAGCAUUCAUUGCGAUUUAUUUCUCCCUGAACAUUCCCCAAUUCUAUAAUGUUCUUACUUUAAUACACACAUUUGUUCUCACUUUACAGUUUUGAUCAGUCUCACGUCGAGUGUGUUGUCUGGUUCAUACCCCCUUAUUGUUUUGCAGCGAGAGCAAACUCCUUUGUAGGAACUGCGCAGUACGUGUCUCCAGAGCUGCUGACAGAGAAAUCGGCCUGCAAGAGGUAAUUGGGACUCUACAAUUUGAGUACCUUGGAGUGUUGUGCCAAUGCAUGAUUUUUCUAUGCAGUUAGUGAAUAUGUCUGUCCUUCUCCGAUAGGAUAUUAUAUUGAUGUCAACUGGUUGUGUGUUUCAGCUCCGACCUCUGGGCCUUGGGAUGCAUAGUCUAUCAGCUGGUGGCUGGGCUACCACCCUUCAGAGCUGGGUAAGGAGAGCACGACGUCUGCUCUUGGCCUCUUUCACCUUUUUUUGUUUUAGCUUCUGUGAUAGGCUUACAGCUUAUUUGGAUAUUAGGACGUUUUAUGGGGUUGCUCUUACCUCCACUUCACUCACUGUCCUUUCUCUGGCUUCCUUCACCCCUCAUGACGUAUCUGUGCUUACUUCGGACCAGAAACGAGUACCUAAUAUUCCAGAAGAUAAUCAAGCUGGAGUAUGAAUUCCCUGAGAAGUUCUUUCCCAAAGCCAAGGAUCUUGUUGAACAGCUUUUGGUAGGUCAUGUUUUCAUCAAUAUACUCAAUGUAAUUCUGUAAUAUCAAAUUGUAUUUGCAUUUGACAUUUACAUCAUUUAGCAGACGCUCUUAUCCAGAGCGACUUACAAAUUGGUGCAUUUAUUUGUCACAUACACGUGUUUAGCAGAUGUUAUUGCGGGUGUAGCGAAAUGCUUGUGCUUCUAGCUCCGAAAGUGCAGUAAUAUCUAACAAGUAAUAUCUAACAAUUUCACAACAUAUACCCAAUACACACAAAUCUAUGUAAGGAAUGGAAUUAAGAAUAUAUGGAUGAGCAAUGACAGAGCGGCAUGGACUAAGAUACAGUAGAAUAUUAUAGAACACAGAAUAUACAUAUGAGAUGAGUAAUGCAAGAUAUGUAAACAUUAUUAAAGUGACUAGUGUUCCAUUUCUUAAAGUGGCCAGUGAUUUCUAUAGGCAGCAGCAGCCUCUAAUGUGCUAGUGAUGGCUAUUUACUAGUCUGAUGGCCUUGAGAUAUAAGCUGUUUUUCAGUCUCUCGGUCCCAGCUUUGAUGGACCUGUACUGACCUCGCCUUCUGGAUGAUAACGGGGUGGCUUGGGUGGUUGAUGCCCUUGAUGAUAUUUUUGGCCUUCCUGUGACAUCGGGUGCUGUAGGUGUCCUGUAGGGCGGGUAGUUUGCCCCCGGUAAUGCGUUGGGCAGACCACACCACCCUCUGGAGAGCCCUGCGGUUAUCAGCACUGCAGACGAGGAUGCAUGUUGUGGUGUGUCCCUCCAUCAUCCACACACUGGUUUAGUUAAUUGUAGUAAGAGUUGAAGGCUUUGGGUCAGUGAACGUGAUUCUGUUUCUCUUACAGUCGCUGGACCCUUCCAAGAGAAUUGGUUGCGAGGAUAUGGGAGGGUACGACCCCCUGAGGGGACACCCGUUCUUCGAGACCAUCUCCUGGGGAGACCUGCAUGUGCAGACGCCACCCAAGCUCACUCCAUACCUGCCAGCCAUGUCCGAGGAUGACGAGGACUGCUAUGGAAACGUGAGACACUUCCACACAUACAUUGAACAUGGCAACAUGAAACGGGUCACCACGUCAUUGUGGCUUGUGAUGAUUUUUCAAGAAUCCUGUUCAUUAAGGGAUCCAUGUCUUUGUGCCAUGCAAAAGCCCAUGCUUUAAGCCAACUUUACUACCUUCUGCCCCCAUCUCCUGUCUUCCCCCAGUACGAUGACCUCCUGAGCCAGUUCAGCAGCAUGCAGGUGGCCCUGUCCAGUUCGUCCCACUCGCUCUCCACGCCUGAGACCAUUCCCCCAGCGCCACAGAGGUCCAGCAGCAACAUCGAGCAGUACAUCCACGACCUGGACAACAACUCGUUUGAGCUGGACCUGCUGUUCUCCGAGGAGGAGAAGCAGCUGUUGCUGGAAAAACAGACCAGUGGGAACCCCUGGUAAGCCCCACUCUGAAGCAUUCUCGCCUAUUCAAAUUUGUUUAAUAAGCGUUGACCAUGAAAAUGUGAUGUUGAAUUGAUAGUUUGAGAGUUUUGUAAAGACUUUGUUUACAUUGCUUUGCUUUUAUUUGCUUGGAAGUACUUGCUCGUAACCCUUACUAUUACUGACUUACACAGGCACCAGUUUGUUGAGAAUAAUUUGAUCUUGAAAAUGGGCCCAGUGGAUAAAAGGAAGGUGAGUGGAAGCCAAACCAGUGGUAUUGAAUCUUUACACCACAUCUCAUAAGUUUUUAAACUCAAAGUAAAUAAGUUCAUAAAAGUGGUGUCACUUUUGACUUACCAAAUGUUUAGUUGUUGACAAUGAGGAGCAAUGUUUGUAUGUAGUUUCACUUGUUAGAGCUGAAGAAAGCUGAUCCUAGGUCAGCAGCAAGGGGGAAUUCCACCUCUGGUGUGGAAUGUCACACUUGGCACUAGCUCCCUCUGGUGGUCAACUCAUGCCAUGUCUCAUGACUCCAUUGCAGGGCCUGUUUGCUCGGCGGAGGCAGCUGCUCCUUACUGAAGGGCCACAUCUGUACUACGUGGACCCUGUCAACAAGGUCCUGAAAGGGGAGAUCCCCUGGUCCCCUGAGCUGCGCCCAGAGGCCAAGAACUUCAAGACCUUCUUUGUCCACACGGUAAUUGUGAACUGCAAUUAACACUUAUUGAUGACACUGAAAUGGCUGAAUCAUAUUUCAAACUGACAUUAUUACAUAACCUCUGGUUUCUUGUCUAACAAUAUUGACUUUGUCUCAGCUUUGGAUGUUUUUAUUUCAUCUUUGUUGUGAUUCGUUUACAGCCCAAUCGAACAUACUAUCUGAUGGACCCCAGUGGCAACGCUGACAAGUGGUGUAAGAAGAUCCAGGAAGUGUGGAGAAAGAUCUAUCACAAGCAACAAAAUCCUGGCCUAUAGGAGAGCAGUUCCUCCUGCGGCCACUCCUUCCUCCAAGCUCUGAGGCCAAUCACAGAGAAACAUCCUCUUUAGUGCCCUUCAUCACCGCAAUGUAAACAAACUCUUUUAGAGACGCUGGCAUCUAGACCUUGUUUAUUUUCCUUUUCUGAAAUUAGCAGAACCAAUAGGAAAAAAGACACCAUGGGAUUCAGGGUUGCUUUGCUUGUUCUUUGUGCUCUGUGAGGCUUUUAAAUGCGUUUAUUUUUUUCAUGUGUGGAUGAUGACUUCCAUGCACAUCGGCAUCUUAUACAUUCUGCAGGGGAACGAGAGGACAGGCUUGUUUGUAGAAUUUCACUGGUGUAGGUACCAUUAGGGCCAUCUCAGUGCAAGGACUGGUUUCCUUCUUCAACCAUAACAAAACACAAUCCAGCAUCGCUCGUACACCAGAGCUUAUCCCAAUACAGUAUGAUACUCAAUCCAGAUCCUAAUCCAACAUUGUAUGCCUCUGUAAUUUUACCUGAACUCGACACACACAUACUCCAGACUAUUGCCUGGUUCAGUAUCACACUGCAAACAGGCGCUUACCCAAUAAAGUAUAUUUUUGUCAGACCCCCAUUGUCCACAUAGUAUAUAUGAAUUUGUUCUCAAUACUCUUGGUACUUACUGACUGCAGUCCGGUUUGGGUCUGUAUGUUCAUGUUUCAGGGCAGAGCGCUGGUCCCCAAAGUGAGGCAUAGAUAUGAAUAGCACUCAAUUGCUUCAGCGUGGGUUCUCCAUAGACAGACUGUGAGGACAGUCCCUAAUAGUACAUUGCAAAUAGGGGGUGGGUGAACAUGCCACUAGCUUGUACUCUUAUCAUAAGACUCGCUUAGCUUUCCUGCACGGCCAGUUUUUUAGCUUAGCCUUGUCUGCUUCUCUCCCAGGGCACUGGAGAUAUAGUUUUAUUAAAGUUAAGGUGGGUAUUUUGACUGCAUUGGCAACCAUGGAUAAUAAUAUUGAAAUAUUUGGCUGUUCUUUACCAUUCACUGGCUAUUUCUUUGUGGUUUGAAUAAUUUUAGUUUUCUUUUGGUGGGAUUGACGGUUCAUCUUAAGUAUGUCCUGUUUUAAAACAAAACAGAAUGCUGACCACCCCAUGUUGAACCGCUUUGGCGAUAAGGAAAGCUUCAAGAGUUACAUCCGUAAUACAAUACUAUACUAUCAUUUAUUGGAAGCAAUCACAAUACAGCUGUAGUCCCAGGGAAAGUUGUCUGCUUUGCCUCGUUGGGUUAUCAAGGUUCAUUAGGAAUGUCCGUAUGGUUUUUCUACAACUUGACACCUGGCCCAAUAUGUGUAGAUUGAUUUUACUUUUGCUCUUUUUUUUUUAGAGAUAUAUAAUAGUAAUACUUUUAAUUCUGACAUUACCUAAAGGUCCUCUCAAGAUAUUCCUCCAGCUCUUAGUCUGUGUGUGACUGGAGCAGGUGAAUAAUAGCCUCUGGCUUGGGCUUAACUUGCUUGGACGUCAACUAAAGGGUAUCUGAUCCAAUUAAGAUGAAAUUGCUGUAUCUGUCUCUAAAGUAAGGAAACACUAUAGAAAGUGUUUGCUUAUCUCUUGCUAGAACAUUUUUUAAAUCAAGUUGGGCGGCAGUCGGUUACAUUGUAUGUAAUACUCUACCUGGUUUGUAACCGACUAGAACUGUGAUGUACAGAUGAUGUAUUAUUGAAAUCUGAAGCAAGUAAUGCAAUGAUAUUAGGAUACAGUUUUUGUAUUUUUAUUCUUGUAUAAGGUUAUUUGAUGGCUAUUGUUUAGCCUCUAGUUCAUUCUGUGUUAUUUAAAUUCUAAUAUAUGAAUCAUAUUUGGAUUGAAGUCAUGUUCAGGGGCCAUGUUGUGUAUGUAUUGAGAUGUAAAGCCUUUGAAUGUGAAUAAUUAUUGUAAACUAUAAUAUUUUACAGCUUUUUUCUUACUAUAUCAUAUACAUUUUCUAUUUGCUCAGUGAUUUAAUCAUAUUUCUGAUAAUUUAAUGAUUCUGUUCAUUCUCUCUCUGAUUGUUUGUGCGCUAGGUCAGUUGUUGAAUGAUGAAUUUUCCACGUAAUGCUUGGUAGUCCAGUAAUUAAAGCAUGUAGGGAUUUAGGCAUACAAUAAAACCAUGCCUCCUGUCUUCUGUUACAACCUGACAUAAUACUUGACUGCUGAAACAUUACAAAUGUAUCUUUCCAUCAGUUUUCUGC